AUGGAAACACUUGCUCGUAGCUAUGAGGCCGUCAGUUGUGAUGGUGAUGAUGAUAGUGAUAAGCCAGGACGGGAUUGGAAGCCCUUUUUAAGACAGAUGCUUGUCAGUAGCGGAAUGUGGACAUGUUACUUUACAUAUGGGAUGUUCUUGGGAACUCCUACAGUUCUAGUACCAUAUGUACGUAGGGAGGCCAAUUCAACUGAAGCAGUCAGUAAAAAUAUGGCAUCUUGUAAAACUGUGAAGCAAGUUCUAAUAAGUGAAAUAUUACAAGGACCUAUAGUGGCAUCAAAUCUAACAGUCGGUUUGUUAGUUAUAACUGAAUAUACAUCACCAAAAUAUAGAGGAUUAUUUUUAACUUUCAAAUCAGCGUCAUUCUUUUGGGGGAUUUGGGUGGCAAAUGCAAUUGGCACCUUUUUUUCACUGGAAAAAUAUUGGGAUUGUAUCUCUUGUGUUGAUGUUGUACAAUAUCAUAACGUCCUUACAGAAUAUACGUCACCGAAAUAUAGAGGACUAUUUUUGACCAUCAAAUCAGCAACAUUCUUCUGGGGGAUUUGGGUGGCGAAUGCCAUUGGUACCUUUUUGCAUUGGAAAAAUGUAGGGGUUGUAGGUCUACUCUGCAUGGCAUAUAAUUUGAUAACAAUAUGCUUUUGGUGUGAGUCGCCAUAUUGGUUAGUUAAACAAGGUCGUUUUGACGAAUGUGCUCAAAUAUUAUAUUGGUUAAAAGGAGCCGAUCAUCAAUCUCAAGAUGAGCUCAAAAAUUUGAUAAAAGCGCAAAAGGAACGCUUGCGCAGACCAAAAAAUAACGAAAAUCAAGUUAAGAAAUACCAUAUUCAUUAG